AUGUCCAGAACAACGAGUAUUUUGCGGAUAUCGACAUUUCUUUUCUCCCUUCUUCUACCUGUUUACAGCCUUCCGAUUACUGACAACCGGAUCCCAGAAAUUGCACAAGAACCGAUAGAAAUCACUUAUCAAGACUACAUUGAACGAAUUCCUUCUACAGCUCCGCGGAUACGAGUGAAACGAUACUCGAUUGAAGGCUCGUAUUGGGGAGUCCGUGAGAUCUCAUGGAAAGUGGCGAGGAGCAGUCGAUCACUUGGAGAAGCCGAAGUGAGAAGAGUGUUGAGGAGAGCGUUUAAGGUGUGGGAAGAACACUCGGAGCUUCGAUUUGUCUACAAACCGCAUGGCGCUGUGCAUAUUGAGAUCUUAUUCGCUGACGGGGAUCACGGUGAUGGAGAGGCGUUUGAUGGGAGAGGGAAAAUCCUCGCGCACGCCUAUUUCCCAAGAUUCGGCGGUGAUGUUCACUUUGACGACGCUGAGACGUGGAGUCCUGAUAAAUACGGCGUUGGAAUCGAUCUCUACGCGGUAGCCGUUCAUGAGAUCGGUCAUUCUCUUGGAUUGAAACACUCAUCGGAACGGCAAGCAAUCAUGGCUCCAUUUUAUCAAACUUACAAAGGAGAUGCACUACAUUUACAUAAAGAUGAUAUUGAUGCCCUUGACAAGCUGUAUGGCCCAUCGGGUGCUGUUACUGGAUUGGGGUUUAGUGAGAACAAGAAUCGCUUACCGGAUAUUUGCAGCUAUCCGAACCUCGACGCGAUGACGAGAACUGGCAAUGGAAGCAUUUACGCGUUUCAAGGUGAAUUCUUUUGGAAGCUGAAAGAGGGUGGUGGAGUGUUGGAUGGACCGUUGAGAAUUGAUCAGCAUUGGCCUUUCGAGGGACAUAUUGAUGCAGCUUUAACCGAUACGGAAGGAGACACUUAUGUCUUUAAAGGUUCAAAGUACUGGCUACUUGGCCAUGAUGGAAAAGCUCGAUAUGGAUAUCCUCGCUUGAUCUCACAAGGACUCGUUGAUACACCGGAUAAUAUCGAUGCUGCUCUCGUUUGGCAUGCUGAUGAUCGACCGUAUUUCUUUAAAAAGAACAAGUACUGGCGCUAUUCGUUGAAAGGAAUGCCGCGUGGUUUUCCAAGAAGUUUAAAGAGUUUGUCAAGGAUGCACGUCUUCGAUAGAAUCGAUGCUUCUUUGCGAUACUCGGAUGAGAUCAGCUAUGUGUUUGUCGGGCCAAAUUACUAUAGACUAGGCGGAAAGAGAUUCCCCCGGAUUCUGCCUUCCAAAUCAAAAUCAAUCGCCAAAGAUUGGUUCGGAUGUACGGAUGGAAAUACGCCUGAGCAU